AAAAUCCAGAGAGAGAUACAGAAGCCAAGAAUUUUCCCUCCAUUUUCUUUUUUGGGGGAUUUUUUUGAACAACUCAAGAAAAUGGCAGCUGUAGCUCUUCGAAUUCUGAAUCCAAAAUGCUGCUCAUUUAAAGAGACCUCCAAUUCCCCUGAUCAUUCACUCAUUCCAUCAGUCAAUUUCAUUGCACACCCCAAAAAAUGGCGAAAAUUGGCCGAGAAACAGAGCUCCGGCGAGCCGAGCGAGCUUACCAGGCGGCGACGGAGUCAGGCAACCGGAAGGCGGAGGUGCGUUGGGCGAAUGUCAUCGCCAACAUCUACAUGAACAAUCGAGGGGCAUACUUAGAUGCUCUGAAGUGGAUUAAGAAAGAUUAUGACAUUUCUCAAGAAUUUUUACCCGAAAAAGAUAUCCUUCCGGCUUGUAAUACUCUUGGCGAACUCCAUCUCCGGCUGCGUAAUUUCUCCCAAGCCUUGUAUUAUCAGGAAAAACAUUUACGUCUUGCCGAAGCGGCGAAUGACCUUCCUGAGCAACAAAGAGCUAGCGCACAACUUGGUCGAACGUACCAUGAGAUGUGUGUGCAGUCGGAGGAUGAUCAUUCUGCAGGUCGGAGUGCCAAAAAGUACUUCAUUUCAGCCAUGAAUCUAGCUAAGAAUCUCAUGGAAAACCUCAGCAAAUCCCCUUUUCUUACAGAGUAUACUGAUGCCCAUAACAACCUUGGAAUGCUUGAAAUGGAUCUUGAUAACUUGGAAGAAGCUGAGAAACUUCUUACCAGAGGUUUGAAGAUAUGCAAUGAACAAGAGGUUGGUGAGAAUGAUGAUAGUCGCUGUAGGCUUCAUCAUAACCUUGGAAUUAUCUAUAUGGAGUUUAGGAACUGGAAGAAAGCGCAAGAGCACAUUAAGAAAGCUAUUUCAAUCUGUAAGAACAUGAGGCACUACUUAGGGGAGGCUAAAGCUUUAGUCAAUUUUGGGGUGUUGUAUUAUAGGGUCCAAAGGUAUGACAAGGCAAUCAGUUGUUAUGAAGAGGCGUUUUAUUUGGCAAAAUUACUAGAAGGUGAAGAUGCUUUAGUCUAUCAAGUAGUAAAACAUAUCGACACAGUCAAAGCAGCAAUUGAAAUAAUGGAGGAGCUAAAGCAAGGUGAACAGAAUAUCAAAAAGAGUGAAAAGAACAUUGAAGAUUCUAGGGGGCGUGCACAUGAAAGGAAAACUAUACAGGAACAUAUCACAUCUCUUGAUCUUCGGAUUGAGAAAUCACGAAUGAUAUUUGCAUGGAAAGAGCAUCUCAAAUAUGCAGCAAUGAAGAUGAGGUUUGUGGAAGAACUUUGCGACAAGGAGAAAAUUGCAGAUUCCUUCUUAGUUAUUGGAGAAUCGAAUCAAAAGCUCUGGAAGUUUGAAGAAGCUCUGAAGUGGUAUAGAAAGAGUUGGGAAACUUAUAGCUUGAUUAGAGACUUUGAGGGACAAGCAGUUUCUAUGAUUAAUAUGGGAAUCGCUUUGGACUUUAAAGGUUGUUGGGAGGAAGCCUUAAGAUGUUUUGAAGAGGGUUACAGGAUUGCUUCUGAAGCUAACAUUGGUUCUGCUAAGUUGUCUGCUAUGGAAAAUAUGCACUACAGCUACAUGAUCAGAUUUGACAACGUUGAGUUGGCCAGGAAGUUGAAAAUAUCAAUUAACAAUCUGAAGCAUUCAUCAAGUCGAGACACUAGGGUGAAAAGUAGAGCAGGCUUUUGUUCUGAAACUGAAUCUGAGAUAGAAAGCCAUCGAUCAGAUAUAUCUGAAGUCAGUUAUUCCCCAGUUAAAAGUGUUUCAAACUCUACCAGAUCAAAGCCACACCCUUCUCAGGCUGUUUUGGAUGAUGACGCUCCUUUAAUAACAUUUUUUAAUGCUCAUAAGAAAGGAUGGAAAUACGCGAGUUCUUCCAUAGCUCCUCGUGGUCAGGAAGUUGGUCGUAAACGCAGUAGUUCUUUUCUAUCAGAUGUAGGAAAUAAGAAACGUCUGUGCAGAAGAUCAGUUAAGCUCUGCCAUGGAGAAGAUUCUGCUACAUCAAGUGGAUUUGAUAAUAUAAACGCUGCCAAGAAGCCCUGUGAAUUUCAGGAUGCUCCGCCUCUUACCUUAGAGGGUGUCAUGAUUGCUUCCACUCCUGUUGUCGUAAAAAAAAGCUACUGUUCUAACCAAUUGAUGGCUCCUACACCUCCUGCAAGGGCCUCUGGAAAUCUGUUGGUUAACCACCAAACACUGAAUCUCACUUCCUAUCCUUUGUUGGAUGGGUAUCUAACUAUCAAAAUCGAAGAGCAAUUUGUGCAUACACCUCAAGAAUUAUGCAUGAUACAUGAUAAAUUCAGCAUAGAUCAAAUAAAGGUUGUAGUGGCAUGUUUGUACUACCUACAACUGCCUUCUCGACAGAGAGAAUCAGGUCUGGUGCCAGUGGUUCAGGAUAUCAAGUGUGAUGGUAUAACCCUACAAACUCUGGAAGCAGAAACUUUACUGAAGACGAAAAAAAAUGGAGAGUGCCGAUUGGAAGGCAUAUUGGGAGUGUGGAGAAUGAGGCAAACAGUGAAGCUAUACAGUGAUUGCUGCGAGGAACAUUCGGAAAGGCCCUGCCUGAAAGUUUUGAAGAACUUGUUUAAUCCAGAGGCGAUAGAAGAUGAAAUUAUAGCCUCACACUGUGGACUGCAUGAUGUAUCAGUUGCACCACUGCUUGAUGUCUUACAUGGACAUAAGGCAGCCGCUGUCAUAGACCUUUCUCACAACAUCCUUGGAUACAGAACCAUGGAGAGACUUAAGCAAGUAUUGUUGUCAUCAAAGCAUAACUGCAUUACACAUUUGGAUCUGCACUGCAACCGACUUGGUUCUUCAGCUCUAUGCCAUAUUAUUGCAUGCCCUGUGCUAUGUUGCCAGCUUCAAGUACUAAAUGUCUCUGGUAAUCGUUUGACUGAUUCAUGUGCCCGUUCUCUUUCCAUCAUUUUGAAGAAAUUUCAAGGGAACAACUCUGUUCAUGGCAAAGCAAUUGUACAACUUUUGCGAAAGAUUAAUACUCUAAAGAGAUUUGAAGAUCUCAACCUAACUGGCAUCAAAUUAAGCAAAGCCAUGAUUGAUAUCCUGUGUGAACUUCCCAAGGAUACAUAUCUGUCAGGGUUGAUGGUUGGAGGCAGCCACAUAGGAACAGAUGAAGCAUUGCGUGUAACCUUAUCAUUGUUGAGGAAUAGUCAAGACGUUAAACUAGAUUUGUCAGCUUGUGGAUUGACACCUCAGUAUAUAUUAAGGCUGAAUGCUGAAGUUUCCUCAUUCGAUAUUCUUGUUGAGCUGAAUCUUGCAGGAAAUCCAAUGAUUGAAGAGGGUGCAAAUGCGUUGGCGUCGUUGCUUUCUGAUCCUGAAUGUUGCUUAAGAGUUUUGGUGCUAAGAGAAUGUCAACUUGGAUUAAUUGGCAUCCUGGAAGUACUCAAGUCAUUAUCUCAGAAUAACCAUCUUAAAGAGCUUGACUUGGGUGAAAAUAUCUAUAUGGAUGGAAAUCAUAACUCUUUACCUCAGACGAGCCAACAGCAUUCUGAUUGCCACUUUGUUGGAAAUCUUUCAGCUGCAGUUGAAAUUGCUAAGCACCUAAAAAUGUUAGAUUUAAGCAAUAAUGGGUUCAGGCAGGAUGUUGUGGAACAGUUACGUGCUGCGUGGUCAUCAAAUUCUAGAGGCGCAACAGCUCAGACUCACACUUCAAAGAACGUAGUUCAUCUGUCAGUUCAGGGACUAGAUUGCUGUAGAAUGCCAUGCUGUCCAAGGCUUUAGAGCUUUAAAGCUGGGUGAUAGUGCAGCUCCUCCAUUGCUUCGAUUAUUUUGGUUCAAAGUUGUUCAAGUUUGUGCUGUGGAAUUCUUCUUCUAUCUUGAAUAUUGUUGCAUCCAUGAACAAAGGAUCAAGUUAAUUGUUUUGGACUUUUGUGCUUUAAGUAUUUUGCUUUGGGAAUUUUAUAUAUAUUUUUCUUUGCUGCCUUUGGAAUUAGGUUAUUUUCUUAAAAAUUGAUAAAUAUUAUCCUAAUUAAGAUUUGAAAUGCCUGUAUGCAUCUGUUUUCUUUUACUUUUCCUCCCCCG